GUGCGCGCAAAAAAGGGGACAGUCGUUAGCAAGCGGGGCGGUUGGUCCCCGCGUUUUGGCUUUUCAGACACCCGGUUAACCGGCAGCGCGCAAUGUUUUCGCCGCGAGGCACCCCGGGCACCGGGCGCCGGCAGGCGGCCAGGGCCGCGGGCAGGAAGAGUCUUGGCACGCCGUCGGCGCCGUUUUCCCCGCGCCGGGCUUCCGUGCCCGCGGGCAGCAGAGGGACUCCGUCGCGGGUCCAGAGCUUUGCGACGGUGGACUCGGUCCAUUUCGACGUCCAGACGUUCGGGUCGACUCUGCCCGUGAGGGUGAUGGAGGCCCUCGCGACGGCGGAAGUGGAUGACCAGAUCUCUGUGAAGAUCGAGGAGUGUGGCUGGGCCUGGCUGGUGUGUGGAGAGAGGCUCAUCAUUUGGAAGAUCUGUCAGACUCCCGUCGCCAAGCUGUCUGUAUGUAAGGAUCUCCAGUUGGCCCCCAGUGAAUGCACCUACACUGCCGACCUGGUCUACAUUAGUUCCUCUGGCCCACUGCAGUCGGCCUCUGUGCAGGCGGUGUGUGUGUUGGCGGUGUCUCCGGAGGGUUUGGCGCGAUUCUGGCCCAGUCUGUCCCACGAGGGGGUGUACACAGAGAUGCCCGUAGACCUUGGAGGACAUCUGUGUAACCAUGUUACUGCAGUCAGGGGAGGCAGUUUCGUCGUGUCCUCUUACCGUGGCCAUCUGUUGCGGGUGUUUGCGGAUGGUUCCGGAAGGAUCUCCCAGAGGCCUGUGCAGCAGGGUCAGGGCAUGCUGUCGGGCCUGGGCCGACGUGUCUCCAGCCUGUUUGGCAUCCGCGGUCCCCCGCCCGACACCUCGGUGCACAGUGUUCUGUGGGCGCCACAUGCCGGUUAUCUCUACACCCUCAGUACCUGUGGUCUGUGGAAGUGGGAGGUCAUGGAGCACACGGAGGUUCAGGUCCUGAGCUGGAGCAUGGCGUGCCCACUCCUUGCUGACAGCAUUGCGGAUGCCAUCUGGGGCUCGGAGACCAACUAUGCUGAGAUGAAGGGAGGCGUGAGCGUGGCCUACCUGGACAUGCAGCUCAGCCGUGCGGGUUUGGUGGUGUUGGCUGCAGCGUGGCACCCAGCAGACACUCCGUGUCUGGCCUACUUCUGCCUCGUCACGUUUCCAGACACUGUGGCACCUGCCACAGACGAGCUCUCAGUGGAGGUCACCAAAUACAACCCACCCUUUCAGAGCGAGGAGGAGCUACAUAAGACACGUUUGGUGCUGCCACAAGCAACCAGCCCUGCUGCGUACCUGUAUAAUGAGGAGCUGGUGUUCGCAUGCACCACGGGGACCGGCCGGGGUGGGCUGCCCGAGGAGAAGCUGACCUUCACUUCGCCCGGAGACCGUAUUCGUGGUGCCGGUGUGUGCGCAAACCUGCCCGUGUUCUUCUCCCAGAACAAUGGCCUGGUUGCCGUGGUAGCAAGGGACAGUGCCUCCAUCUUGCCGGAGACCAUGGAGGAGUCCCUCUGUACCUCAGUGGCUGGACCUGGACCAGAGGGGACGCCAUUGGAGACACCUCCCAAAACAGACACAGUAGCACCAGAGGACAAGACCAAGCUGCUGAAACAAGCCUUCCUUCAGUUCUGUCGACACGACCUGAUUUCUGCUCAGACCAUGACGAACGAGCUGUUCCCCAACGACGGGGGAGAAGCGGGUGCCGAAGGAGAGCUGGACACCGUGGUGACCCUGAUUGACCUUGACCUGGUGGACGAUUACCCUGCGUCUGACCCCCGGUGGGCAGAGUCUGUGCCCGAUGAGAGCGCGGGCCUUGCUCUGACCUCCCUGAUCCUGCUGCACCAGCUGGAGGACAAGAUGAAGGCGCACCACUGCUUCAUGGACUUCCUGCUGCAGACCGGGCUCCUAGACCGGCUGUCGUCGGUGACGGUGCGGUCGUCGCCCAUGGCGACGCGGCUGCUGCUGUGCGAGCACGCCGAGAAGCUGGCGGCGGCCGUCGUGCUGAAGAACCACCAUGGCAAACGCGCGGAGCUGCUCAACGGCGCCAUCUUGGCCGCACUGAGGAACAGCGGCACACCCGUGCCUGCCAGCCUCACGCCCGCCGACGUCUUCUUCAGAGAGGUGUCCCAGAUCUCUUCGAUCUUCGAGUGCCUCCUGGAUGAGGAGGAGGCGUGGCUGAAGGAGAGUCCGCCAGGCUCAGAGAAGUGGGCCGAGGUCGUGAUCAACGUCAACAACAUCAUCAAGGACAUGUUGCAAACAGCUGUGCAGUACAGAGAAACCAAAGCCUCCCUUUACAGAGCAGCAGAGAACACGGCCCCAGAGCCAGAGUAUAUACCAUGGACAGCCUCGGGUGGAGUGGGCGGAGUCCGCACGGUCAUCGCCAGGCAACACGAGGCGAUCCUGCGCGUGGUGUACCCUCACGCUGACUCGUCCCUCCGCAACACCAUCAACGAGCAGCUGGUAGCGCUGCUGGACUCGCUGCUUGGCGGCUACGUGGCCCAGCUCACCUCGCUGCGUCGCCCGGGGCAACAGGAGCGCUACGACGCCCUGGAGAUGGAGUACACGCAGCGCCGCUCUGAGCUCCUCACGCCUCUCCUGGAGUUGGGCCAGUAUCAGUGGGUUGCAGCCCUGGCUGAGAAGUACUGUGACUUUGACAUCCUGGUGCAGUUGUGUGAACAAACGGAGAACCAGAGUCGCCUGCAGCACUACAUGACCAAGUUCGCUGACCAGAACUUUGCCGACUUCCUGUUCCGCUGGUACAUGGAGAAGGGGAAGCGAGGGAAGCUGCUGUCUCAGCCAAUCACACAGCACCAGCAGCUGGCCAGCUUCCUGCAGGCCCACGAACACCUGAGCUGGCUUCAUCACAUCCACAUCCAGGACCUCCAGAGUGUGAGAUGCGCACACACACACACACCCCUGAGCUGGAUUUUCCAUAUCCAGGACCUUCAGAGUGUGAACUGGGCGCACCACACGCUGUACAACCAGGCCAACAUGGAGACUCGGUACUUUGUGAAGAAGAAGACCCUGCUGGCGCUGAGCAAGCUGACGGUGCUGGCGUCCGACACACCCGAGCCCGUGCAGAAAAAACAGCUCCGCGAUAUUGUGGAACAGGAACGUUUCCUGCUACAUCAGGAGACUCUGCCUAAACAGCUUCUGGAGGAGAAACAGCAGAAUCCAGACACCUUGCCUGUACUGAGUGCUCAUAACCUCAUACAUCUGUAUAUAUGUGAUGAUAACCGAGGGGCCAAUGAGUAUGACUUCAAGAAAGCCCUGGACCUGCUGGAGUACAUAGAUGAGCAGGAAGAUGCGGUGGACAUCGAGGCGUUGAAGUGUGAGAUCUUCAGCCAAGCUUUGAAGAAAGACUGGAGGGAGAACUGGUCAGCUUCGGAUGGCAGUGACGACCCCCUGGAGGCGGCCAAGGACAGUAUCUUCAUCAGGGUCCUGGAGAAGCUCAUCCAGGAAGGUGUUCCUCUGCAGACCUACCUGCCUGAUGUGAAGGACCUUCUGCAGAUGGAGGAGCUGGAGUUUCUCAAAUCCAAACCCUUCUUCGAGUUCCUCCUCAGAGCUAACUACGAACACUACCUCCAGUCUCAGAUCUGACCUGGGUCGCUCAUACCACCAAACCACGCCCCCAUUGACAUAUAACCGUCCUCUAGCUUUUUCUACUAUUUUGUAAGGAAAAACAUGAUCGUGUUGUGGUAUAUUUUUGGUUUGUUUUAAAUACAUAGUGUAUUUCUCAA